AUGGAGCCGGAGGAAAUAAUCAGUCUUGGGGCUGAUAGCCCUGGAGGCGGUGAUGAGAUUGAUGAGCUUAAUUCGAAAUGUGAAUCUGAAAAUCAUAUGGUUGAAGAAGUCAAGGAGAUUGGGGAGAUCUCUGGGAGCUCAGGGGAUGAUUUAGAUAGAGAGACUCAAUGUUUGCCUGUUGCUGAUAAUGGUGACAUCAUGAUUGAAACUCCUCCUAGCUUUGAAAUUAGCGUUGAAACCAGCGAAACUGUUGCUGUAACGGAAACGAUGGCAAGCUCCCUACCUGUUCAGGCUGAGAAUGUUUGUCUUACCGCCAAAACUGAAACUAUUCUUAGCAAUGACCGAGGAGAUGAUCUUCCUCCUAGUGAUCGGGAGAUUUCUGCCAGUUCUUUAUCUGGUGUUAAGAGGCGGAGAGUAACUGUAGAUGAGGAGCUACCCUCGGUAAAGGUGGCAUAUAAGUCUUUAACAAGAGAUAGUAAGAGGAAGCUCGAGGAGCUGUUACAGCAGUGGUCCAAGUGGCAUGCACAGCAUUGCUCGUCAUCAACUGAAUUGGGCAAUGCAUUGGAAUCUGGUGAAGAUACCUACUUUCCUGCUAUUCAAGUUGGUACAAAUAAGUCUUCUGCUGUGUCCUUUUGGAUGGAGAGCGAGACGAGGGAGAAUGUAAACAAGCUCAUUGAACCUGAUGAAAAAUUUGUUCCCCUUUAUGAUCGUGGAUUCUCGUUAGCAUUAACUUCAAUGGACGGUUCAAAUAAUCAGGGGAUACUGGAAGUAGGGGAAGGCUCCCGUUGUUUCAAUUGUGGUUCAUACAGCCAUUCGCUGAAGGAAUGCCCCAAGCCUCGUGAUAAUGCUGCUGUUAAUAAUGCUCGAAAGCAACACAUAUCUAGGCGGAAUCAAAAUGCCAGCUCCCGGAACCCAACUCGAUAUUACCAAAAUACUCCUGGUGGGAAGUAUGAUGGACUAAAACCAGGCACCCUCGAUCCUGAAACACGGAAGCUUUUAGGACUUGGGGAGCUUGAUCCACCUCCAUGGCUUAACAGAAUGCGACAAAUAGGGUAUCCACCUGCCUAUUUUGCUGUAGAAGAAGAAGACCAACCAUCAGGGAUUACGAUUUUUGGUGAUGAUGAAAUUAUAGAAGAUGGGGAGGAAGGAGAGAUUCUCGAGAACAGCUUUACUAAGCCAGACAAAAGAAUGAUUGUCAAAUUUCCUGGGGUGAAUGCACCAAUCCCCGAGAAAGCAGAUAAAAAGCUCUGGUCAACGCGUCCGGCGGAAUCUAGUUUGUACAGAGAUCGUUCCUCCAGCAGAUACAAUCAAACUCCGGAUUCUAGGAGCAGAGGUUAUUUUCAUGACCGGAGGCCGCCUUCAAGGGGUUUUGACGAUGAUGAACCCCCUCCUCCAGGCUGUGAAAAUGAAAGCCCCACGGCAUUUGGUAACUCGCGACGACAUAGUACAUCUGACUCUGCUUAUUACUCCCAACGAGAUAGUCUAGAACCAAGAAGUUCUAGUUUUGGAAGAUCCUUUUCAGAGAGAGGUAGAAGACACCCUUUGGACCGUGAUGGUUCUUUGCAUCAUUCUUAUGGUUAUUUGUCUAGCUCGUCACCCAGAUAA